UGUUCCCUUCCCUUCAUACUCUUCUUCACUCCUCUUAUCUUUUUCUUCUUCUCUCUCUCCACCAAUGCCUUGAAUUGAAUUCCCUCUCAUGGGCUUUCUCCGGCGACUCUUCGGCGGCAAGAAGCACCACAACAACCCCCCACCCUCCUCCUCCGACGCCUCCAAACCCAACAAAGACAACAAAAAAACAUGGAGCUUCAUCAAACACAGUACGAGGUACAAACCCAACACAUUACCAACAACACUUAACAACAACAGCAACUUUGACUCUUCCACUUCCUCUGCUCCUUUCACUGAAUCUUUGGACGCUAACAAGCAUGCCAUUGCUGUCGCCGCCGCCACCGCCGCGGUCGCUGAAGCUGCUCUCGCCGCCGCACAUGCUGCGGCCGAGGUUGUCAGGCUGACCAGCGGCACCGGUGGCGUCUCCAGCCGGCCCGCCCCGGCGCCGCAGCCCCGACGCGUGGCGGAGGAAACCACCGCCGCCGCUGUAAAAAUCCAGUCGGCUUUCAGAGGUUACUUGGCAAGGAGAGCAUUGAGAGCACUUAAAGCACUGGUGAAGUUGCAAGCAUUGGUGAGGGGUCACAUUGUGAGAAAGCAAACUUCAGAUAUGCUAAGGCGCAUGCAAACCUUGGUGAGACUGCAGUCUCGGGCACGUGCAACUCGAGGGAACUUGUCAGAUAAUAUGCAUUCUUUCAAGUCUCCACUUUCUCAUUACCCUGUCCCUGAAGAUUAUAAGCACUCACUUCGUGCCUAUAGUACAAAGUUUGAUGGAUCUAUUCUCAAGAGAUGUAGUUCCAAUGCAAAUUUUAGGGACAUAGACGUGGAGAAAGCCCGGUUUGGUUCCCAUUGGUUAGAUAGUUGGAUGGAAGAAAAUUCAUGGAGACAAACUAGAGAUGCUUCAUUAAAAAUUGGACGCCUUGAUGAUGAGAAGAGUGACAAGAUUCUUGAAGUGGAUACUUGGAAGCCACACUUGAACUCACACCAUAGUAGUGGCAGCUCAUAUCAGACAUCAUCACAUCAUUACUUGUAUUCUGAUUACAACAAUGAGAAUUUUGUGGCAUAUGAAUCUCCAUCAAAGGGUUCUUCCAAAGGUCUAAAUCCAAGUCUCUCUUCUAGGGAGGUUCUUCCCUUUGGGUCUUUGACAUUUCACAAAGGAAAAGAAGAAGUGGCGGCUUUGCCAAAUGUUGAGGAUAGUCCUCAAGCAUUUUCUGCCUCCUCUAGGCUUGGAAGUGGUGGUGCAAGGAGAGGUCCAUUCACACCAACUAAGAGUGAGUGUGCAUGGAGUUUCUUCAGUGGCUACCCGGGUCAUCCCAAUUACAUGGCGAAUACAGAGUCUUCUAGAGCCAAGGUUAGGUCACAUAGUGCUCCAAGGCAAAGAAUGGAGUUUGAGAGAUAUGGUCAUUCCACAAGAAGGUCUCUUCAGGGUCUUUGGGAAGCAGAGCCUAGUUCAGAUAGGGAUUCUGAUUUUAGGAGCCAGGCCUAUGCAACGACCACAAGCAGCAGUUUGAACAGAAUUGGGAGUGCCAAUUUAAGAUGACAUCACAAAAAAGACAAAGAAAACAAAAAAAUAGAAGAGAAAGAGACAUUAGUUUCUUUUGCUUGGUGUUUUCUGUGUAUGACAGCAGUUUUAGGAUGUAAGUAUUUGACAUGUACUCCUAUAGUGUCUUUGUCCCCUCACGAUCAAAGGCCACCUUGUUGACUCAUGAUUGGAUUUUUACUGAAUUUUGUUAUGUUGAAAUAUUACAUGUUUUGGAGGCUUUUUACUGAAUUUUGUUAUGUUGAAAUAUAGCAUGUUUUGAAUGUGUU